GAGCCGAUCAGCUGUUCAGUAACAUUCUAAAAUCUGAUACACUCGGUGGGACCGGCCAGGCCGGGGGUGAAAUAACAGAUGGCCGAGUAGAGUAGCUGGGGAGCUUUUCUUCCAUUCCCUCGCUCUUCCCCCUAAAUUAAACGAGCAGGCUGCACUGCUUUCUGUUCAAUCACAUAGUUCUACCUCACUUCAACUGCCAGCGAGGUGUUUUUUUUUGUUGUUGUGUCUUUUUUUUGUUUGCCGUUUGUUUUUUUUUCAUGGUGCAGUCUGCAGAUAAUUCGGUAACAAGAAGAAGGCAGAGAGACAACCUCAGUGCGGGAGGUUGUAACAUUGGAGAAGCAAGUUGGUGGUCUCCGUUCUCGUUGCAGGAGUGCCGUCUCUCUCCUCUCGCUGGUGAGGGGGAGCAUGUCCGAGAUGCCAAGUGCUGGCCUUCUUUUCAACUGAACCAAGUGGUCACCGUAUGACAGGCCUCCGAGCUGUGCCCUCCCUUCAGCUGCCCACCAUCUGAGGGAUCUUCCUGUGCUGCUUGCCCACCAGCCUCCUGCCAGUCCCUCGAAGAUCGGUUGCCUGCCUGUGCAUUAAGCUGCGAGCCCCCCGCCCCCCUACGAUCAGACUGCCAUGUUCCACCGAUUCACCAGCUUCUUCUAUGGGGACUCUGAAGAUGUCUGCGCACAGGCUCCUGAUCCCAGAUUAAUCGAGAAGGAGGACGAUGGCUGGCUAAUCGUUGACUUUCCAGUUGUGAAUCGAGAUGCUUGCAUUACCCCCUCAAGCGAAGAAGUGGAGGUGAAGGCAAACACUACCGUGCCUGACGACACCCCUCCUCCACCGGCCCCUUCUUCUCUUGAGUCUCUUUCUAGUGGCAGUGACUCCAGUCCUGCCCGGUCUUCGGCUGGCACGUUGGAAGAGAGUUGGUUUGUCACCCCUCCCCCCUGUUUUACUGCAGAAGGCCAGGAUGACAUCCAGGUGGAGAGCAGCCCUUUGGAAAACCUGCUCAUUGAACACCCGAGCAUGUCUGUUUAUGCCGACAGCAACACCAACAUCAGUACCCUGGAGGACGUCAGCGAGAUCAACAUUGGAACGACGGCUCAGACUAGGGUGGAACGUUGGGCACCCCCGGCUCCUGCAGCAGUGCUAGGGCGAACGGGCAUCUUGGAAAAGGCAAAUCAGGUCCGCCGCAUCCAACGGGCGAAACAGCGGGUUGAGAAACGCCAGUUGAGCCGCAACCGACUCCAGAGGCAGAACCUAGCGAGGGAGAGCCGCCACCGACGGACCAAACAUCAUGGCAACUUUGUGUACCAGCCACCCCGGCGCCAGUACAACUACUAAACCACUUCAGGAAACCGGGUAGUUUGGGUCAGUCAGAUGGCAUUAACAAUAAACCUUGGGCAAACUGUGCACCUCACCGCCGCACGGUUUUCAUUGUAGCUGGCCUUUUUGUUCUGAGGUAGCUCUUUCAAAAUAAAAACAAUUUGUUCCAUACUCCAACAGGGACACAUCAUAUGGGACCUUCUCUUGUCUUUCCGCUUAGUUCACCUUUUGUUUUCAGGAACAUGCAAAUGAGCUUGCCCGUUUGCUUUCCUUCCUAAUUAAGCUAGUAGAACCCAGUGCUCGGCUUUGCUUCAUUCAGACAAACUGAAAUGCUAAUGUGCCAACAGGAGAAUUAGUGAACCUUCUACCACUCUUGCCUAUUCCAGCCUGCAGUCAGUCAGCUAUAUUGGGUUAACUUAGCCCGACCAGGGUUUGGAGCUCAAGUUAGUUAAUCAUUUUCUGCUUGAAUCCAUUUCACUGAGGGGAAAAUACUUCCGAAGGACCUGUUCCUGUGCCGUACUGUUUUAUGCUCUGUAGACAGGCACGUGAAUGUGAGGGAAAUGCAGGGAUGUGGACACUGUGUAGGCAGAAGGGAUUAGUUUAGUUGGCCAUUUGAUUACUAAUUUUAAUUGGUUCAGCGCAAAGGGCCUGUUCCUGUGUUUAAAUUGAUAUCACUGUAAAGAGUUGUCAAUAAGUUUACAGAUUACUCUGGACUUUUCCCUCACCAGAUCAAGUUCCCUUUGCAUAAUAGAUCUGGCCGAGAUCCAAUCCUGAUGAAGGGUCUCGGCCCAAAAAUGUCAACUGUUUAUUCCUCUCCAUAGAUGCUGCCUGACCUGCUGAGUUCCACCAGCAUUUUGUGUGUGUUGCAGUGAGAUCACCCAUUAUUUAAACUAGCUGCAUUUAAUGGGACAUGGCCUCAGGAAAGUACAGCCCAGAAAUAGUGUACCAGACUAAAUACUACCACACAAAAAUAACAUGCAAUGCAGAUUGUGUACAUGAACGCUGGAACUCUGAAGUGAACCAAAAAAAAAAUGCUACUGAGAUCUAACAAAGGGUUCCAUUAUGUACUGUGACCUUUGCAUUCAAGGUGCUGAGAAAACCACUGUGCAUUUGGAAUAAUUCUGUUCAUUUUGUGGGUGAUAGCUUCCAUUGUCAAAUCUUCUUGGGCCCUUUGGUUUUGCAGUCUAUUCGUGCUAGUUUUGGAUGCCUCCAUCCCAAUCUCCAGCUUGUCAGCGAUGCUAAGAAUGCUUAGCUUUUUAAUUGCUUCCCCUCUAAAAAUGAACUUUCUGCAGUUUUGAAUGAACAAAUGCUUGUGGGGCGCCGGUGGCAUGCUUCUGACUCCAAUGACAAGGGUGUGUUUGAGAUGCUUUCAUUAAAUACUCAGUGCACUGAACCUCUACUGGUGUAACUGGGGCUUUCAACAGCAAUUCGUAUCUACCUACUAACUUGUACUGAAUGCCUUGUUAUAAAAGAAAGUCCUUAUACUAGGGUCUGACUAUGGAUCUAUCCAAGUGUGGUGCUGAACUGAUAGAAUAAUACAAUUUUAUUUUGUAACAGAAAACAUGUGAGUUUGUGGACAGUAUUAUUUCUUGAUUACUACAACAACUAAAGGUUUUGAAGUUUCUGCUGUGCUGCUGUUGAGAUCAGUGCUCUGAAAUAGAAUUACUUGUCAGUGACUGGGAUGAGAGUGUUUUACUGAUGUAUGUUUCUGAAUAAUUUAUUUAAGGAUAAAUGUGUUUUGUGAGCUACAGUUUUUCAUGCUAAACUACACAGCACAGGCUCUCUCAGGGACAAUACUCCACAAUGCAGUGUGUUUGUUAAUUUAAAUUAAUAUCCAUAUAAAUAAGAAACAUGAGGCUUAUGUACAUAAUCUUUUGUUUUUGGGCUCCUGUUCAUCAUGGAUUUUGGGUGGCUUAUGUGGAGUAAUAGUAACUUUUCUCUCAGGAUGAAGAUCGCUACUGUUUGGAUAAAGCGGCGGCUUCAUUAACUAAUAAUUUUCUGUCAGUGCUAUUUUGAGAUUUGAUUAAGUUAUCGUCUCCAGUCUAUCACAAUGAGGUGAUGUACUUGGUUGGAAACCUCGACAGAUGAAUCUCCACCUUUCAAGAUCACUGUUAAGCUUUAGUUCACUUGUUCUGUGACAAACUUCUAAACCACAAUUGCUUGGUCUAUUUGAGAGGACCAUAUCUUUAAUUACAAGUCCUUGAAUGUGAUCAUGAUUGAAAUUGUCUGAUUUAGGGAUGCCACAGUAGUAUUACAGCUCAGGGUGCUGGGAGUUCAAUUCCGGUGCCGCCUAUAAGGAGUUUGUACAUUCUCCCCAUGGUGCGUGUGGUUCCUCCGGGUACUGCGGUUUCCUCCCACAGUCCAAAGACAUGCUGGUUAGCAGGGUAAUUGGACAUUGUAAAUUAUCCUGUGAUUAGGAUAAUGUUUAAAAAGGUGGAUUGCUGGCUAUAAGGGCCGGAAGGGCCUAUGCCAUGCUGUUCUCUACUUAUGAAGCAGUUAAUUUCUGUCUAAUGUAAGGGUUGAUAUACAACACUCAGUUCUCUGUGCAUUGCUUGAAGUUUAUAUAUAUCUAUAAUACCUGAACUUAAAGCAAUACUUUUAUAGGGGUAGGUGGAGCUAAUACUUUAAAAAAUGGCAUUUCUCCUCUUUUCCCCUAUCACCAAGCUGUGGCUUUGAAAUGUAAAAUCCUCAAUGCAAAAGAAGCAACUUUGGAUUUCAGUAGUGAAAUUUCAAAAAGAGAAUGUUACAAGGUUGAAACAGGCUAAUGAAUCCAUUAGAUCAGGGGUUUCUCAACCUGGGGUUCACAGACCCCUUGCUUAUGGUGUUGCUCUAUGGCAUAUAAAAGGUUGGGACUCCUGCAUUAGAUCUUUGCUCGUAUGUGCCUCUGGAUGAGCUCUAUAUAGUAAUCCCUCUUUAGUUUUAUUUCCAAUAUCACCUUAAUUUUCCAAUUUUUUCUGGAUAUUUUUCAUUUUGUUUUCUGAUGUAUAAUAUUUAAACAUUAGAUACUGCAUCAUGCACAUCUAAUUAGCACUAAAAUGCCAUACUACAAACCUUAGAAUAAAACACAAUACUAGAGCGUGUUCUGUCUUUUAAAUUUUGUGGUUCUAUUAUUAAUUGUGUACUGCUGAGAAACAUUUUUUUUUGUUAGCAUAGUGUCUGAGUCCUUGUUCUAACUGCAGUCUGAAUGUGUCAUCUAUUAUGUUAUGGGCGUUAUUGACAAUACCGCUGGCCAGUGACUCUUAAUGAAAAGAAACAUAUCCACACUGAAAUUGUUUCGUUUCUGCAGGGAAGUGUGCAAGCGGUGGAUUGUUGCACACAACGUAAUCUGGCCGCAGCAGUGUGGUCACCAAGGUCAAUAGGGGAAAUCCCCACAUCCAACAUCUCUGGAUGCAGUAUUGUCACUAUAUGCAGCCAUUUAAUAAAAUAAAUGUACUAAAAAAAUUAGUUAUACAGCUUGUGUUCAUCAAGUUUACCUCCCAUGUAUUGAUUUGUGUACGUGCCUUCCAUUCUGGGGCUGAAGUGAGGGGAGGGGAUUUUAAUUCGAGAUGUGUAUACAUGAGCAGAAAUUGACAUUUGAAUGGCAACAGUAAAGUCCUAUGCAAAACAAAGGGCAGCUUGUGUGUGUGUGUGUUUUUUUGGUCUCAUAACUGUUUUCAAACUGUUUCUAAAUAUUGGAAGUGUGAAAUGUAACUGGAUUAUGGAUGUUGCAGUAGUGCUUGUUAUUAUAGCCACUUGCUGACUGUGGGAAUUUCAUUAUUUUCAUAUAUAAAAAUAUCACUUUUUCCAAAAACUAUUGCAUUGUGUCCUCGAUGUGU